UCCUGCCCUGCUUCUCUCUGUCACUUCUGCCCCAGCCCAUCGAGCUGCUUUUGGGCUUGGCUUUGCAGAGCAACAGCAUAAAACGAUGAUAAUUUGGGUUUGGUAUCUUCCAGUGACUGCAAACCAGAAGCUGCGUUAGGAAAGCAGGGGCCUUGGAAGAUUGGACUUUGGAAAUAUUGGGCUUCUGUCUCAGUUGGUUUCAGGGAAGUCAAUAACGCCUUAUUGAUUUAGAAAUUACUUUUUAAAACAACGGACAGUGCAAUCUGAAGGGGAGUGAGCCUUGCAGAACCUGGCGUUACCCACGGGCUGCCAGCUCCAGAGGCACUGACUGCUAACCAAGAAGUGCAAUAUCCUGGAAGCCUGUGAUUUGACUUAAGAGUGCUGAGAUGUUUAACCCAAAUGAGCAUGAAUUUGAGCAUGCUGUUGUCUGCUGCUCCAGGAGCAGCAUGGAAGCAGUGGGGCAGUAACAGGACAUGCACAGGCCAACAGCUGGAGAGUGCUGUGGAGAGAAAACCAAGCUUUGCAGAGGAAUCUCUGUCAUCAACAAAUAGAAAAUUGAUUUCACCAAUAGUCAUUUCACAGAUGAUUGAUGAGAAUAAAUUGAAAGAAAAUCGGUCUGCUUUGCUGAUGCAGGCUGUGACCCCCCAGCCCAGCACUUGCCACACAAAGCAAUCUUUGGCUAACGAUGGUUCAGUAAACAUUAACAGCACGUUUGCUGUACUUGCCAGCCGAUUAGAAAUCCAGUCAUCCUUAGAUGAUACCACCUCUCCAUCAGGCUGUCCCAUCGCAGAUGGAAAACAGUGUCAAAAGCAGAAGGGUUUUGCCUCCAUAACUAUUACAGCCCGGCGUGUCACUGCAGGAUCCAAUGAUCCAACCUGGAGACCCGGGGCUGUGCCAGAGCCCCAUGCUGUGACCCCCACCUUGAGUGAGAUCCCUGCUGCCCUCCACCACCGACUUUCACCUGACCAAGCAAACCCCAAAGUCACUCCAUCACAGGUUUCUGCUUGUUGCUCAAAAUUAAGUAGAGAGCUGCGUGAGAGGUUUUUCAGCCUCAGGAACGGGGAGAAUGGUGUGUGUCUUCAAAGCAGCGAUGGGAGAGAGAAAGUACCACCUUCAUUCACCUCAUCUGUCCGCCUUCGGGUUUCUCAGCAGUGUCCAAAUACCAUCUAUUACAUAGACAAGUCACUCAAUGUGUGCCUUGACCGACCUCGAAUUAAAUGCCAAAAAAUUUAUAGAUCAGCGUUGUCCUUCAAUAUAAAUUGUAGUUCGUCUAGAUUAACAGCAGAUGGAGUAGAUGGUAUAGGUAAUGGAGAGUCAAUAGAGAAGAUGCUUCAGAUAAAGCUCCUGAGAGAAAACAAGACUCCACGCAGACCAAACAGGAGUGCACAUUUAACAGAACGUAAUGUAAUUAAUAAACAGGCAACAAAUGAAGGCUAUUUGGUUACUAAAUGCCCUUUGACAAGAGUCUGUGUCUCUGAACUUCCAGCAUCUGGGCAUGUACCCAAAGGACCUAACAGCACAACAACAACAAAGCAAGAUGAUGAUAAGCAGUCUGGCAGCUAUCGCACUGCAUUUUCUCUCCAUCUUUCUAAUUCAAGUGGCGAGGCAGGAAAGCACAUGCUGUCUGGAAGCCAGAAGAAGCACUGCACCAUGAGCAGGAGAAGCAAAACAGCCUCUGCCUCUUUUCUGGGUACAACACUGGGAAAAGCAACCACAGCUGCUACUGAUGGCUCACCAAAAAGGAGUGAUCCCUCCAAGGGCACCUCUGCAUCCAAAGAGAUCCAAGCCCAGGGCAUCCUGAAACCAAAAAUGUCCAUCUCCAACUGUACGUGCAAUAUAAAAGCUUCAUCAAGAGUCCUCUUAGAAGAAAAAGUUCACAGGCAAAACCAGCUCCUAAAAAGUGAUUGCCAGUCCUGUGGUUCAAGUGGCAAAAUGGAGCAGCGUGACAAGGAGGAGGUGCAGGCACAAGCCAGCCAGGAAGCCCUGUCCUCAGCCUGCUGGCCAAGUGACACCUGUGGGACACACAGCAUGCUUGUGGAGCCAGAUGUUGGCUCCGAGCCUGAGAAGGGUUCACCAGCCCCACUGACACUGCAGGAAGCACUAGAAAUCCAUAAGCCUCACUUCAUUUCCCGUUCGCAAGAAAGGCUGAAGAAACUGGAACAUAUGGUGCAGCAGAGGAAAGCCCAGCAGAGUGAUGCACCAGUGAGCACACCCCGCAAGCUUUCCUCAGCAUCCACUUCAAACAAAAAAAAACAAUACACUGUUCCUGACCCGCUCAGUGAUAACCUCUUCAAACCAAAGGAAAGAUUCAUUCCGGAGAAGGAGAUGCACAUGAGAUCCAAAAGGAUCUAUGACAAUUUACCUGAAGUAAAAAAGAAGCAAGAGGAAAAACAGAAGCGGAUAAUCAUCCAGAGCAACAGAAUGCGUGUGGAGACCUUUAAAAAGCAAUUACUGGACCAGCUCCUUCAAAGGAAAACCGAGUGACAAAGGGCUCUCUUGCCUAUCAUCAUAAUUGGAUCUCCAAUGCUUUUGACUGUUAGAUAAGCCAUAAAACUUGCUGUUAUCUUAA